GUUCAAAUAUAAAUAUAUACACUAAUUAGCUUCUCUUUGAUUUUUUUUUCUUUUUCUUCUUUCUCUUUUAAUAUAUAAGGUGUGGCAAUAAACUUACAUGCAACAAGAAGCAAUGAUGACAACAGCACAUAACUUUCUCAAAACAAACUAUUUUAAUGCUCAACUGCAAGAACAACAAGAACAAGAACCUUCCUUUAUUUCGGAUAGUCCGUAUGAAACACUGAUCUACUCACCUUCUUUGCGUCAGUUUCAUGAUAACCGGCAUGCAAGGAAUGCUACUUAUUCACCCUUGUCUUCUGUUUCGCCGUUUGAUUCUAGUUCUAUCUUUAUUUCACAAGGCAUCAAUGAUUGUUCACAAACAGAAAGAGAUUUUGACAAGUCACCAAGGAGACUACGCUUUGAAGUCAUACUUGAAGCUGCCACAGCUGUCACUCAAAAAGCAGAAGAAUCAACCAUCACUUAUCUAAACCGUGGCCAAACAUAUGGUAUUCAACUAACUGAUAAACAAGCACAAAAUGAAAUUAUCACAAGCACGAUAUCCAUCGAUUUUCAUUCCUCUUCACAUCGCUGUAUUGCUGAAAAUUAUUGGAAAUAUUGGAUAAGCCAACAAAAGCAACCUGAUCCUAGAGCGAUCGAUAUUGAUGCAAGCCAAUCAACCGGAAUCACAGAGCUAAGCUUUCCUAGUUUUGACAAGAUUAUGUUCAACUGGAAUGGUAGUCAUGGUGCAAAAAUCUUUGUUCGUUUUCGAUGUUUAUCGACAGAUUUUUCAAGGAUCAAAGGUGUAAAGGGUAUUCCUUUAAGAGCUCAAAUGGAAAGCACUGUAUCUGGAGAAACAAUUUUGGGAAAGACAAAACUAAGCGAGACCUGUUUUUGUAAAGUUAAACUGUUUAGGGACAAAGGAGCCGAACGAAAAAACAAGGACGAUGCCAAACAGAUUUCGAAACAACUAGAGAAAGUCUAUGGUAAAGCAAGCGAACAGUCUCUUCCUUUAAUGUAUAAUGUGUCCUUGCCUUAUUCUGUUUUUGGUGAAAUACCUUUGAGUUCUUCUACUGACUCAUUUGAAACAAUUGCUGAUUUUCCUACUUCACAACAAAAGAAAUCAGCCAGAUAUCAUACACGCAUCAUGACUGCACCUAAUCCUUCUUUCUUUCGCGACCAGGCUCAAGAUCAGAAAAAGAAACAUCAAGACAGUUACGCUAGUAAAACAAAAGACAAUUAUGACUUCUAUGACUAUCUUCAUCAACAACAGAAAGCAAUCACUUCAUUGCCUGCCCUCAAUACAAACAAUUUAUCUUACCAUCAGCAUGAUUUAUUGGAGGAAAGUCAGCCCUUGAUUCUUGGUACUUCGCCUUUGGAUGAUGAUUUGCCACCUCUCACGGCAGACACACUUUACACCCCAGGCACCAUGCAAGUCACACCCAUGGAUUACUCAUUCGGACAAGAUAUGAUGAUCCAACAGCCUUCAAAAUCGAUUUAUGAUGUAUUCACGCCAGAAGAAAUCCAACAACCUCAAGAAACAUUUAUUCCUCAAACAUCGGAUUACUUUUACAAUAACCAAACUACCUCUAAUCAACCCAAUAUCACUUUGUUACAACAACAGCUUCAUCUUCAUAAUCAAGUAGCCAGUAAUAUCAUUUUGAACAGUAACGCUGUUUCGGAUAUGUUACUCUUAUCUUCUUCAUCCUCUAUGAAAAAAAGAAAAAGUAGCUAUGAAAGCUUAAAAGCAACAUCUUUACCGACACCUUCUAUUUCUGAUAAAGAGCACGAAGCAAACAAGAAGCGUCGAUGCAGUACUUGAUGUCUAUGUGUAUAAUAAAACAAAAUAAAAAAACUGCAUGCUAUGAUCAC